AUUAUACAAUAUCACAAAUCGUUAAUCUUACAAAUUUUACAACUGAACAACCAAAAAACCACUGAACAUAUCUUAACAAUCAAGAAGCAAAAACCAUUUGACCAAUAAAUUUAUUAAGUCCAUGGGCUUACAUAUUUAGUAAUGCCUGAAAUAACAUAGAAAGAUAUUCUACAAAUGUUUAAUGAAAUAAAAAACAAAACAAGCAGUUGAGUACAAAAGUAGAUAGUUUAAGCAGGGAGUUUUGUGCAUUUAAACUAACAAUAUAACAAAAACUAGAUGAUCUAAAGAAAGAAAACAACGAGCUCCAAUCAGAAAUCAAAAAUUUAAAAAAAUCGCCUAAUAGCUAGCGAGAAAAAAGCUAAAAAGUUCAACUCGGUAAUAUAUAACUUAGAUGGAGAUGAUAUUCUGAAGUCUGUUGUCAGUCUAUUUCGCCAAAAGCUGAAUAUCAACUGUGAUGAAAUGGAUCUACGCGAUGCGUUUAGACUAAACUCCGGAGGAAAUACUAAUAAACCUAAACCUGUUGUUAUUGAAUGUUUGACAUCUAAAUUUAAAUCCGAAAUCCUUGGUCAAGCGAAACUAUUAAAAGGCACUGGUAUUUUUAUAUCUUUGGAUUAUACUAAGGAGGACUGUGAAACGAAGAAAAUUAUCUUCAAGCACCAGAAAUUAGUACGCUCACAAGGCCGCUUGUCACAAAUAAAAGGAAACAAACUGAUUAUUGAGGGAGUUACCUAUGAAGUUGACGAUUUACUAGAGGCGUCUAAUCCUAGUAGCCUUGGAGAAUCUCAUCGUAGCAGACAAAAUAGCACAUCAUCAAUUGGCAGUUCUUCGAGAAAUACAAAUAGACUUCUUAGAAAACAAAAUCUUAAUCCUAAAUAAAUUCGAUGUAUAAAAUUUUCUUUUUAUGUUUUAAAUUAUUAGUUGCCGAAUAUAUAGGUGAAUUUUAUUUGUUAUUUUGAUCUCGGCCCACGUACUAUUUAUUUCUGUUUUAUACUUUCGAGCUUUUGGUACACGAAAUUGCGAUUCAUUACAUUUAGAUUUAUUUUGGUUUGAUAUAUUAAAUUAUGUUUAAUUUGAUUUAUUAUAAAUUAAAAUUAAUUUUGGAAUUUAUAGUUGUUUAGUUUAGUUUAGUUUUU